GACGCCAGGCUUUUUUUUUCUUCCAGGUGAUGCAGACGCUGAGUGAGUCCGAUUCUACUAAGUAAUCGAUCCUUAGCUGAGAGACUUCUUCUAAGCACUACACCUGUCCGUGUGAGCUUGGACACCUUACCGUUACCGGAUAAUUGACAUUUUUUCUUUGAAGAACAGGGAACAGAUAAUUAUUGGUCGUAAAGUAAUCACUUUGUAUUUAUAAGUCAUUUUGUUGAAGAAAAAGCGAACACAAGAUGGCGAAGGACUACACAAUGUGCGCAACAGUUUGCCAGCUGUUGUCAAUGGUCGCCAUUCCGAUGCUCCUCUACUUCGGUACUACGUUUUCGAUAGAGCUUGCCUCCUUUCUUGUUCUUCACUCCAACUUCUAAAAAGCUUUUUGAAUUUGGAAUGCUUCGAGGACCACGUCGUCUUACUUACACUUACUACAACAAUAUACAGUUACAGAUAGAAUAGGCAUAGUACUUCUUCCUUCAGGUUACCUCGGAUACACGGAAUCAAGACUAUUGGAGAUUCCGCUCGAGAAGAAGCAAGGAGCGGCAGUGGGAUGCUGGGUAAGAUACUUCUAGACCACACAAUUCUGGGUAAGAUACUUCAUAAGAGAGACUCUCUGACGACCCUCCUCCUGCGGCUCUACCAUUUGAUUAUCAAUGUUGACAACCAUGAACACGAUCAUAAACAUAAAGGGGUGAAGAUGAUCACUUUCAUUCGUCGUACAUAAUCCACAGGGCGCCGCGGCCUUGUAUUGCGUAACAUUGGUGUUAUCAAUUUCCUACAAGCAGACACGAAAGCCGGACGUGCCUGCCGACCCAAAUACUUACGCCUUGCGCGGCUUCUCCCAGUGGUAAGACGAAUUUUAUUUUCCCUGUUCGGAUCCAUCACUAGUUGUAAGAGCACGCAGGGGGAGGGUAGUUUACCUUCAUUCUAUUGAUUUUUCAAGAUGUUGAUCUUUGAAGAAAAUAUAUCGCCUUACCAAUCGCAAUCAUUCAUUUUUCUGAAUGUCAACAAUAUGUUCAUGUUGAAUAUCUACCCGUCCUCCUCAUCCUUCUUCAGAUCGCCGCAGCAAUGUAUGCUGGGACCUAUGUUUUGUGCAAAAGCUACAAGGAUUCACGUAGUGUGGGCUCUGUGGGUGGCGGCGUACACUAUCGCAGUUUUGGAGAGUUGGAUGCUGUUUCUUGAAGAGGUUGUUCUCUUCAAGAGGAGGAUCAGAACAGCCGAUGCGUAAAUGUGUCCAGCAGAAGAAGUUGAAGUCAGGUCUCUGUCUCUCCCCAUGAUCUACUUCAACACCAUUUCAUAUCAUCAUGGCAGUAAGGUUCUUCUCUACUCUUCAAGCUUGUGGAUUCAGAUUCUAUUUCAUCUCUCUCUCUUACACGUAUUACUAGGCUACUUCUAACUAUUACACCAACAAGUCAUAGAACUUGAACUAAAAGUCGCGUUUGAACAAUUCGCGGACGGAUUCCAUCUCGCUCAACGAGAAUAACUGCAGUGUGCAGAAGCAGGUAACUUUUGGAAGAUAUUUUUUAAGCAGAGGGUGGGGAUCGUGUGUGGUCCCAGCCAGUUGCAAUUUUCGACGUAAGCACUAAGCUACGGCUUCUUAACGUUGACACGCCGUUUAACCGAACCCCAAUAUCCAAUACUUGUGCUUGGCGUUGUACUUGUAUGAACAAACCAGGAAAACGAAAAGGAAACAAAUUACGAAAAAGACGAAAAAGAGAAAAAGAGCGUAC